UCAAAGUCUCCCAUCUCCCCUGUUCACGUAACCGUGGACGCCGGCGAUGGCCGCCAUGGCACAGGGCGAUGCCGUGGCGCCCAUCCACCGCGCCCCCGUCCUUUAUCUACCCCGGCGCCCAAACCCAACCCUAGCCCCUGUUCCUAGCGCGCCCCUCCCUCUCCCUCUCUACCUUCCCUCCUCAGAUCCCCUCCUUCCCGAGCUCCGCCAUGGACGUGUCGCCGGCGUAGACAUCGACGCUGCCCUCCCCGCUGUCGGAGACCGUGCCAGGGGCACCGCCAUCGUCGCCUACUUCGACUACGUGGGCGAGCUCGGGCCGAAAGACACCCGUGUGCCCACUGCCUCCCCGUCCUCAACCUCCGUCCGCCCCGAAUCGUCGCCGCCUUCUUCGACGUCGGCCACCUCUGCUGCUCCUAAGCCACUCGAUGGGCCUCCUUAUGCCUGCUCGGUUUACAUAUGGAGGGAGAAUGCUGGCAGCUGGAAUUCUGGGCUGGAAAUGGAUAAUCCAAAGGAAGAUGAUGCUGGCAAAGGUUGGCUCGCCGAGGCGAAGCCCUCGGUCCGGCCAAUCGUGACGAAGCUGGUCGGCUAG